AUGCCCACCACCACCCCUAUUUUGUUUUUGGAUGGAGGUCUCGGAACGUCCCUUGAAGACAAAUAUGGCGUGAAGUUCUCCAACAAGACCACGCCCUUGUGGUCUUCACAUCCUAUCGUGGACGACCCGAAGACGUUGCUCGCCUGCCAAAGGGAUUUCGGCCAGGUACCCGUCGACGUGAUCGAGACAGCUACCUACCAAGUCUCCAUCUCUGGAUUUGCAGCUACCAGGACGGAGCAAUGGCCGGACGGAAUCAGCGAGGCUAGUAUCCCCAGGUUCCUCAAGGACGCCGUUGAAAUCGCGUAUCAGGCCAGGGGCAAGGCGGACGCAAAGCUGGCUUUGAGCCUAGGGCCAUAUGGCUCCACCAUGGUGCCUGGACAGGAGUACAGCGGUGCCUAUGACGCCGAGCACGAUGACGAGGCAAAGCUGGUCGAAUGGUGGGCCCAGCGACUAUCUCUUUUCGCCGACGCUCAACUUCUGGAUAAGAUCGCAUAUGUUGCCUGCGAAACCAUCCCAAGGCUUGACGAGAUCGCCGCAGUCAGGAAAGCCGUCGCUAGGUUCUCCUCGAAGCCACUUUGGCUGUCGUGCGUCUUCCCCGGCGAGGGCGAUGGGUUCCCCGAUGGCAGCAGCGUCGAGCAGGUCGUGGGUGCCAUGUUUUCUCAGGACGUUACCAAAGCUCAGCCUUGGGGUAUAGGUAUCAACUGCACAAAGAUGCACAAGCUCGGGGGCCUGAUCGGAAAGUAUGAGAAUGCAGUCUCAAAGAUGAUCCAAGAAGGACGACUUGGUGCAUGGCCUGCGCUGGUGCUGUAUCCCGACGGGACCAAUGGAGAGGUUUACAAUACGACGACACAGAAGUGGGAAGCUCCUCCUGGCCAGAUGGAUAACAGGAUACCGUGGGAGCAGCAUCUGGGGCAGAUCGUUGUCGACACCGCCAAGCGCCAGAAGUGGCAGACCAUCCUUGUUGGAGGAUGCUGCAAGGCUAGCCAUAACGACAUUAAGAAACUCGUCGACUACGUCCACUCUAGCGAGAUAGCCUGA